AUGGUGCCACGCAGCCAGCGGCAGGGCCCGAGCGUGCAAGCGUUAGCAGUACGGCUGACCUGCAUUAGCAAAACAUUACAGCUGCAAUCACAGCCACAUCUAAAUUUCCGUAUUUUUACUUCCUUCCCACCUAGUACUGUUGAUUUCAUCGGAAGCUGCUAUUUUACGGAGAUCUGCAAAUGCAAACUGAAGAACAUCGCGUGUUUAAAGUGUGGUAACAUUGUCGGUUAUCAUGUGAUUUCUCCCUGCAAACCCUGCCUGCUGUCCUGUAAUAAUGGCCACUUCUGGAUGUUUCAUAGCCAAGCAGUCUUUGGCAUCAACAGACUAGACCCUUCUGGUGUGAAUGUAUUGCUCUGGGGCAACUUGCCAGAUUUGGAGGAAAGCACAGAUGAAGAUAUGUCCUGCAUCUCUGAGGAGGAGUACAUCAGAUAA